AUUUUGGUUGGAUCUCCUCACUGUAGGCUAGCACCGGAGUCAAUCGGAAUCAAAGGAGAGCGAGCAACUAUGACUGUAUUUUGUGCAGUUUAUGGUAGCAAUAACCGGCGCAGUGUUGUUACCAGAUCAUGGGGGAUUACCUUUCACAACAAAAUUUUCAGCAUUUUCAGAAACUUCCCAGCAUCCUUCGAUCUGUAAAGGGAGUCACAGAAACACCCAGCUCCAUUCGUGUCGACUGCCCAGAGUCCACGGAUACAGCCCUGCACCUCUCACCACCACCACAAAUUCACCCGAAACACAAAGGACCUGCAGCAGCACAUCUGCAGACCAGUUGUGACAGCAGCUACAUUCCAGCAGCCACUCCUGCCUCUGUUCAGACAUGUCACUUUACAGUUUUGGCCUGGAGCCGCUCUCGUGCCACACCUGGAACAAAGAUAGGACUCGUAGAAAUUGCAGUGAGUCCUAACAACAAUGUGGUGACCAUCUAUGAGAAGAAAGGCAAAGACUGGGUCAAGAUCCAUGAGCUGAGUGAGCACAGUGGACGGAUCACAGGCAUUGACUGGGCCCCAGAGUCUAACCGCAUUGUGACAUGUGCCUCCGACCGCAAUGCCUACGUGUGGACUCUGAAGGACGGUGUGUGGAAGCCCACCCUGGUCCUGGUACGCAUUAACCGUGCGGCCACCUGUGUGAAGUGGUCUCCCCUGGAGAACAAGUUCGCCCUGGGCAGUGGAGCCCGCCUCAUCUCUGUCUGCUACUUUGAAGAGGAGAAUGACUGGUGGCUGAGUAAGCACAUCAAGAAGUCUGUUCGCUCCACAGUCCUCAGUUUGGACUGGCAUCCAAACAACAUCCUCCUGGCAGCUGGAUCUGCAGACCUCCAAUGCAGGGUGUUCUCAGCCUACAUUAAGGACAUUGAGGACAAGCCUGGACCAACUGCCUGGGGGGCCAAAAUGCCCUUUGGUGAGGUGCUGCUGGAGCAUAAGGAAUGUGGAGGCUGGGUGCACAGCGUCUCCUUCUCCCCCAGUGGAGACCAGCUAGCCUGGGUGGCCCACAAUAGCAGCAUCACUGUGGCUGAUGCGACGCAGGGGAAGGAGGUAACCCAGCUGACUGUCGACCGUCUGCCACUGCUGAGCGUGCUCUAUGUCAGCCCCACUGAGAUUGUUGCUGCGGGUCAUGACUGUUGCCCAUACCAGUUCACCUAUAAGGGUCCAGGUGCGCUGGAGUUUGUGAAGAAGCUUGACAUCCCCAAGCAGAGCUCGAAGGGUGGGCUUUCAGCUAUGCAGCUCUUCCAAAACCUGGACAAGAGGGCCUCUGAGGAAGAGAGCAUCGAGCUGAAGACCCUUCACCAAAACAGCAUCACGCAGCUGUGUGUUGUGUCUGGGGAGAAAGCCAAAGUGGAGAAGUACAGCAGUGUGGGUCUGGAUGGAGCCAUGGUGAUCUGGGAUUUUAAGCACUGAGACACCACAGCAGUCCUUGAGGUGUUAGAAGCUGAACCGACCAACGCAUCCUUGAAUCAACCACUCCUCUGUGGAAUAUAACUGCCAGUAAAGCCAUGUGCUUAAAUAGGAGACUACUGAUGUGCAUUUGAGUAACUGGAAAACAAUCAGAGCUUUGUGAUAUUUGUCCAAGAAAUAAAUAAAGAGGAUACUUACAGGCCACAUAAUGUGGUGA